AUGGUAUGUGUGACUCGGUCAUCAUCGAAAAAUGAAGAAGGUGAAGCUGUGGAUGCAGUUCCACCUGUCCGUACUCGGGGGAGAGCUUCAUCGGGAAGGAAAACCACAACACGACGAUCUCGACUAACACAUGCUGCUGAAGACAAGUCAGACAGUUCAAAAAUCCCUGAAAGUUUGGAAGAGACUGAUUCUGGCUCACCAGGAAGCACAGAAUCGCGGAGCACAUCAGUUUCGUCUAAUCCGUUGCCUUCGACACCUAGUAGGAGAUCAAGAAAGAAGCGAACAUCUGAAGCAGAAGAUGACGGAAAUCCAACUAACACCGUUGAUUUGCAUGAAACCAGCAGUGGUCUGCAAAAUGCGGAACAGGAUGAGCAAAAGGAUUCGGAACCUAGGAGUGUUUCUGCUUCAAAUACACCGUCAGUCACUAGUGCAAAACCGCCUUCCACGCCAUCUAGACGAAGAAGAGGUUCAUCAUCUUCUAGCCAGACUGCUCCUCUUGCAUCGCCAGCUAGGAUUACAAGAGCUAUGAGAAGAGCUGGUAUAAGUACCCCGAAAGAUGUGGUAGAAUUGGAUAUUGUUGUGGAAGAACCACCCAAUGAGAGUCAAAGUUCAGAACAUCCUGUAGAGGAACGAGAAGUGGAAAAAUCACCAAUUAAAUCGCCCGUUUCUCGAGAAGCACAUAUGUCACCUACGAAGGAAUCGAUUACUGAAAGUACAGGUGAAGAAAUGGUUGUUCCUGAGAAAGAAACGCAUGAAAUUAUUGCUUCUCCUACAAGGAAGCGGUCCCCGAAGUCAGAUGAAUCUUUGGUCCCUUCAUUGGAAAAUGAUCAACCUGCAAAUGAUCUUAGCAGUCCAUCUACCGGAAAAUCGUCUGCAAAGAAACCUUGCCGAAAAGAUAUUGCUUCUCCCAAUCGACAGGAGUUCGAGAACGUAGAGGAAGUUUGUAGUUCCCCGAAGAUGAAAUCCCCUGUUAAGGAUGCCGUAGCUGAAGAAGUUGACGCUUCUGAAAGUGUAAUUGGGGCAAAAACACCGAAUAGUUCUCCAUCAAAAGCAUCCUCAUCAAAGGAAGUACCUUCUCUAGAAGGCUCUCUUUCAGAAGAAAUAGACGUAGAGGAGAGAUUAUGUAGUCCUAUACGAAAUUCACCAGUAAAGGAAGUAUCUCCUGUGAAGAUGAAAGAAGUAUCACCUACGAAAACUGCGGAUAAAGAAAGCUUGGACUUUGAGAUGGAACAAUUUCGUUCACCCAAACAAAAGUCUCUUAGCGCAUCCCCAGGUAAGAAUUCUCCCAUCACGAAUACAUCACCUGUCAAAGCCACAACCUCAUCAAGUUUGGAUAUGGAGGUAGAACCAUCUAGCCCAACUGGCAAUGUAUCAGGAAUUGAGGAAAAGAUUUCUGGAGAGGAAGUUGUGCCAGAGAAUUUGAAUUUCGAGGCGGAACUCGUUCUAUCUAGGAUUAUUACUCACGCCGAUGAGGCAACUCCAGUGAAAACAACUAAGGCAGAAGAUGUGGAUUUGAAAAAAGAUCUUCUGCGCUCGCCUACGAAAAAGUCACCCGUAACGGAAGACUCACCUGGGGACGUUAUUUGCGUAGAAGAAACGGAUAUCCAUGAAGAACAGUGUGUUGUAUCUCCACUGAAAAGAUCACCAGAGAAGGUAUCAUCUCCGGUGAAAAAUCUCACAGAUGAAAUGCUCACUGGUUCACCCGUGAGGAAAUCACCCAGAAAUGCUGACGCUACUGAUGGAUUUGUUUCGCCUCCAGCGCAGCGGAAGGAGAAAUCAAUCGGUUCGAUUUCCGGCAAGUCUCCUGUGAAGGAUAUUAUUCCUACCAUCGCAGAUGAAUGUGCUCCGGAGGAUGAAUCUGUUACGCAUAUGCCGACUACACAAGUAGGCAAGAUAAGCCCUAUGAAACCCGGAAGCGAAGCGGACCACGAUGACGUCAUUGCUGAAUCUUCGCCUGGUCACCAAAAAUCUCCUUUGGGACUCUUUGAGCCGGACACUUCAGUGCCGGUUCCAGGAGAGGAAUCGGUAAAGAAACCACUAAAGAAGAAAUCAGAAAAGGCGUCGAAGAAGAGCGCCGAGCCGGAACCCACUAUAGAGGAUGAAGAGGACCAACCGAGUUGUCAGGAUGGCGAAAAAUACGUUGAACUGGAAUCAUUUAAGAAGUUGUUUAAAAGACCAAAAUAUCAUAAGAAAGAAUUUGCGAGGUCAAUUUCUGCUCUAUAUACGUAUGCUAGUAAGCUAGAAACUCGUAAGAAUGACUUACCUACGGAAAUUUUGAGUAAUGACGUUGAAACGGUAUGGCAAUUCAUCGCAUUCCGAAGCAAACAGAUCAGUAAGGAAUUCAGGAAGAGAUUCGGACUCUUCGAUAUCGAUUUGAAACUACACAAAGAGGCGGAGAGUUCGGAGGACGAGUCUGAGGAUCAAGACGAGAAUGAGGACGAAGAGUUGAAUGAAAAUGACGAGGAGGAGGAAGAAGUGGAUUUGCUAAACCUAAAGGAUGAGGACUUGAAAGACUUGGAACGCGAGAUGGAUGAAAUGCGCGAAGAGGAGAAUGAGAAGGAACCAGAACAGGAUGAGAACACAGCGCCUCGUAAGAAGUAUCCAAAAUCAGUGGUUGAUGAUAAAUUCUUCAGUCUCGCUGAAAUGAAUGCUUUUCUUGAUGAACAGGAUCGCCAGGAAGGUGCAGAAACUGAUAUUCUGGAUACUGCUGACGAUUCGUGGACAGGGACAGCGGACUACUGCUAUGAGGAUUUCUUCGGCAAAAAAGACAUCGCUGAAGAGCCCAUUAAGGGCAAAGAGAAGAAGCUAAAAAAGAGGACUCGUACAAAGGACUCCGACAAGUCAGCUAAAAAGUCUAAAACUUUUCGAUUCGCCAUGGAUGAGGCUGAGCCAGAAAUAGAAGGCGAAGCAAAUGGUUUGAUGGAGGAAGAAGAGCAGACACCAGUAUUACUAGGUGACACGGAAGAACCUCAACAACAGGAGACUAAAUUGAAGAGAAGUCUUAAACGAUUGAAGGAAACCAUUAAAAAGCUUGAAGCUGAAAAUCUUGCACCAAGAUCAUGGGAAAUGAGCGGGGAGGUGACAGCUCAGCAAAGAGGAGAGAACGAACUGCUCGAGACUCAUCUUCAAUUUGAUCACGGAAUUAAGAAGGCACCCGAGAUUACGGAAGUUUUCACUGAAAAAUUAGAAGAAUUGAUAAAGCAACGCAUAAAAGACAAGGUCUUUGACGAUGUGGUGCGCAAGAAACGUAUAGAAGAGCGAAGUGAACCGUAUAGAAAUCAGGCUAUAGAAGAGAGAGAAAUGGUCAAGACAUCUCUGGCAGAAGUUUACGAAAAAGAAUAUCAGAAAGCUGUUGGGGAGAAUAAAGCAAAUAACGAAGUUAACGAGGAACAUGCAGCGAUCGAUAAACAAAUGCGUGAACUUUUUCGACUUAUUGAUGCGUUGUCGAACUUUGAUUAUACACCACCAGAGGUCAAACCUGAAGUCCGUGUUGUUUCAAAUAUGGCAGCAUUGAGAGUGGAAGAAGUGGGAAUGAGCGCAUCAACAGAUGCACAACUGUUAGCGCCAGAAGAAAUGAAGAAACGACAAAAAGGUGAUCUCAAAGGUGAUGAUGAACGCAAUCGCACCGAUAAAUUGCGUCAACGAAGGAAGAAGAAAAAUCGACAGAGGGCUAUGGUAGAGCUGUUCGGCGAAGAGAAAGCUAUGGAGGGACUGAAGAAGAAGAAAAAGAAGAAAGUCGACGAAGACACAAGCUCAUCUGGAGGUGAAAAGCUGAAGAGUGCUGCAUUCUUCAGCAAGCUGCAGGAAACCGUGAGAAAUGAAAUCAGAGAGAAAACAACGAAGAAAAAGAAAAUCUCGAAGGUGAAAUCUGAACAGGUUUCUGUUGGUGGUUCCAAGUACAUGCUAUGA